AAACAAAUAUGGCACAUGAGCGCUAACCUACCCAACGUUCAACUGCGAAGACCGAAACCGAAACUUAACCCAAGUGUGUCUGACACUGAUCCUUGUGAAGCUCCGUAACACGAACCGUUAGACCCCUUGGCGUCCAUCAGGCAUGUCACUUCAAAUAUCAGCUCUAUUUUCAUAUAUGAGAUCCUCGGGGAGCAAUGCUCUGUCCCGUGUCUGUGCUGACUUCCAUGCAGCCGGUGCCAAGUUUAAACAUGGUGUAACUCCUGUAAGCCCCCAAGCAACAAGUCCUGUCGGCGGUCAUAUCAACGCUGCCCUCCGAGCUGAGAAGUUUUCCACAGCAACAACAGCAGCAGCAGCAGCACUUUGGAGGUCCAGCCAAGGAAGGGCUUCCUCCUCACCCCGGGGUAGAAUAGGUUGGCUUGGUAAGGUAGCCCUCGGUGCCGCCCUCGGACUGAGCACAGUCGCUCUCGUCCAGUAUCUCCACACCGGAACAGUCACCGCCAUGGCCUGCAAACUUAACCUGAACUCCGCUGACGGAGACUGGAAGGAGUCUAAGGACUGCUUGCUGUCUCUGUCUGUGAAGGACAGGCGUCAGCACUACAGGACGUCUGAAUUUGUGCCACUGGACGACAUCUCAGUGUGGACUCCCACUGCAGGCGGUUCUAAAAAAACUGUUUACCCGAGGAAUAAUAAGUUGGACAACAAGAUUUCCGUCUACAGCGGGGACAUCACCAAGCUGGAGAUCGAUGCGAUUGUUAAUGCAGCCAACAAGACUCUGCUCGGAGGAGGUGGAGUGGAUGGGGCGAUACACCGCGCUGCAGGGCCGAUGCUCAAACAGGAGUGUGCCUCCCUUCACGGCUGCGAGACCGGAGAGGCCAAGAUCACUUGUGGCUAUGCCCUUCCAGCAAAGUAUGUGAUCCACACUGUGGGGCCGAUCGCACAAGCAGGAGUGGGAGACGAGGAGAAGAAAGCGCUGAGGUCGUGCUACAAGAACAGCCUGAAUGCAGCCACCAAAAACACUGCGCGCUCUGUGGCGUUCCCCUGCAUCUCCACAGGAAUCUACGGAUAUCCACCUGAGCAGGCUGUGCACGAAGCGUUAGCAACUGUGAGGGAGUAUCUGGAUGAACAUCACGACAAGCUGGACAGAGUCAUCUUCUGUGUGUUCUUGCCGACGGAUAAGGAGCUGUAUAUGAAGACCCUCCCGCUCUACUUCCCCGCUGCGUGACCAAUCACAGCAGCUUAUUGUUCAGGUAACCAGUAUGAGGACACAGUCAAGAGUAAACUCUAAGACACUGGAUUUGGUUGCUGUGGAUACUCGCUGCUCAACAUCCAGAACCUUCCUCGUCGUGGUCAUCGCAGAUCAAGACCUUCUUGGAUGAUUGCUUUUUUUAAAAGUGCACGCUUGCUCUUCUGCAGAUGUUGCUUGGUUCCUUGUUUUUCCCACUAAUGCUUAAGCGAGGCUUCAUGAUGAAGGUGUGAAAUGACAUUGAUAAUUCUUGUGAGAAAUUGACCCUAGGUUGCACUCUAACUUGACCUUCAUUAUCUGUGAUAAGUGGCAGCUUUGCAUCCAGCAAUGAGUUAUGUGUCCUGUGCUUUUAGUGGCAUUACAGUGUGUGUGUGUGUGUGCGUGUGUGUGUGUGUGUGUGUGUGUGUGUGUGUGUGUGUGUGUGUGUGUGUGUGUGUGUGUGUGUGUGAAAAUAGCAAAAGCGUAUUAAAAAUAAUCACACAGGCUUCUGUUGUGUUUGACUUGAUUAUGUCUCGAGAUAUGAUAUGAGUCAGUGAGCUGUGGCUUCACGGGGGAGCCCUUUACAGAAAUAUUUCCCUUUAUGAUUUCUCGCAUGUCAAUGUAGAAGUAACGGGGGGUUUGUUUAUCAGGCAGCAGUGGAGGAAAGUAACUAAGUAGAUUUUUCCAAGUAAUGUACUGAGGUAGUUGUUGGUUUCUUCAGUAAUUCAACUUCCAUUUAUUUCUCACCCAAUUCCAGAGAUUUUACUGCAUUAUAAUAAUGUUAUCCCUAUCAGUAAUGUUCAUUAACAAAUAUAAGAAUUUCUCAGAUUAAAAUCCACAACAAUAUCAAGGUCAGGUAUAUAUUGGCAGUUGUAGCAUCAUUAGGGGUGGCUGCGUCAUUCUUGUUCUCUCUCCGUGCCUUUUCGCUUCCUCGUUCCCGGUCCAGAUUUACGUAGACUGGGUUGGCAAUUAUAAAUGACAGUUAUGACAGUAUUUGGGGUGAAAUCAGGAUGCUCAUCUUGCUGCACAGCAUGUAGAUCCAUUUGCAUAAAAAGCAAAACCUCCAAAGAUGAUGGAGAUCAUGCAUGGCGUCUUUCUUCAGGCUCAACAGUUAUUAUGUUUGUAAGGCAUAAAGCUGACUCUUGUCGUUCAGGAAGCGGAUGUUACGCAGAGCCCUUCACAUCAUAGAAGCGGGAUAAUGUCAGUAAAUUCGAGUAAAAUCAUAGAUGUACUAGAAGAACUGGAUAUGGCGCUCUUCCAAUUUUGGAGAGUGGCCACAUGCGUCUGUUCAGUGAAAAAUCCCCCUGCAGCCAAAAGAGCAUUUUCUAUAAAGGCCACAGCUAAAAAAGAGAUUCAUGGAACAGCGAGGGGACACCUUGACCUGCAACUAAGGUUGAUAAUGUCUCUUCAUAUUAUGGGUUUUUGCACCAUGAAUGUUAUGUCAUUUUUUUUUUAUUGUCUAGAAAGGGAAAAAAACGAUAAACAGUAUCUAACUUCCUCACAAAGUAAAGUCCUGCCCAUCUAGUAAGCGGUUUUGACCAGCAGGAGAAACACUAAUGCCUCAAAACAAAACUUUAAUGGCAUAUGAGCCAGGCAAGCAAAUCUCAUUGGAUUGGUAGCAUUGUGUCUGGUAUGCAGUUUUUCUUACAAUAUUUCCAUGAUAAAAUUACAGACUUUGCUUAUCCUUGUGAAUAAGGGUAAUCAAACAAAGAUGUAUGGGGUAAAUUCAAGUCAAAAGGACCCCAGGUAAUACUAGUCCGGUACGAAUAGGGCUUUAGGUUCAUGACAUUAUUUGAGUAAAACAUUUCCAGCCAGCAAUAUCAUUGUACAGUUUUUCACUUGUAUACUGUAGCUUCCCUUUUUUUUGCACGCCACAGCACCUGUUCGAUUUGAACAACAAUCACCACUCCUCCCCCCUUCCCUGCUUUUCUCUCUUUAUAUAAUUUUUGUCUCAAAGCUGUCCAAAUCCUAUCCACCCUGGCUCACUGUCUGCCUGUCAGAACUCACCAUAUGUGUGUUUAUGCAAACGCCAUCAAGCUUCUUCCCACAGCGCAUCUGUAUGAGUUUUUAAUUGUUUGUUACCGGAUGUAGCCUCACAUGUCGGCGGGACGCAGGCAGUGAUUUGUGUGAAGUGAAUCGAGUCUUUAGUGAGCCACUGUCCCGCCCCACGACUUUCAUCUGCCAACAACCAUCUUUAUUGAUACCCAACAGUCUGCCACGAUUGUGCAGACGCACAGGGAGGAGGGGGGUAUGGUGUUGGGACGAAGGGAGGAGAGGGGCUGUUGAGUGGAAAAUAAACUACAAAGAGUAUCAACAGGAAAUUGGGAGAAAGCCCUCUUCUUUUAUAAAAGCUUCAUCCGUCACAAAGGGAUUGUCUUUUCCGCUACUGAGCUCUUUCAUUCCUUCUCUGGCCGGGCCUUCUUCCUCCUCCUCGUCCCUCUUUACUCUACAGUAUGGUACAAAAAAUAAACAGAUGGAGGAGGGAGGGAUAAAGAGACAGAGAGAGGAAGGAUGUAGGAGUUCAAACUGAGAGAGGGGGAGGAAAAAAUGGUGGGGAUGAGAGCAUGGAGAGCCGGAAGGAGGAUGGAGAUAUGGAAGGGAAAAAAGAGAGAUGGAGAGCCUGAUGAACUCAUCUAAAGGCGCUCUGGGUUUUUUAAUAAGCAACAGACUGUGAAGCUACUCCGACCAGUCACUCUGAGUAAUGAGAGAGAGGGAGAGGGAAAGACUGAGGGUGAGAGGAUGAAAAGACAACGAGACUCAUUAUCCUCCGACCAAUUUUCAUCACUGUACAGUCAGUAAUCUCCCUCUCUUUCUGUCUUUCUCUCUCUGGGACUCAAACGGUCCACAGCUCUGUUUGAGAUGACAGAUGAAGAACAAUUAUGCUAACUGUGUCGUUAACUUGAAGGCUGUUACCCGGUUAUAUUCCUGAACAUAAAAAGAUAAUUCUGCAGGCCCUGGAAGUGACUCGCUGCACAUGGCCCACUAAGACACCUGUAUGUGUGUGUGUCUGUGUGUGUCUUAAGAGCAGUGGUGGAUAGUAACAAAGUACAUUUACUCAAGUGCAGUGCUUACAUUUUGAGGUACGUGUACUUUACUUGAGUAUUCUCAGUUUAUGCUACUUUAUACUUCUACUCCACUACAUUUUAGAAGCCAAUAAUGUACAUUUACAUAUACAGAUUUAUGUAUGCAAAAUAUCAGUCAAUUAUUAAACAAACUUUGACAUAUAUUUAUAGGUUAAUAUCCAGCAGCAGUAUAUACAUUUAUUCAAAUUAGCUCUACAAUUACCAGCUGUAAUAAAAGCACAUCAAUAUUAUUAUUAGUAACCCAGUAACUUAUAAUACGAUUCCAUUACCAUUGCAAACAAGGAAUACUUUUACGUACAUUUAAAUGCUGAUACUUUUGUAUUUUUAGAUUUUGAAUGCAGGGCUUUAACUUGUAACAAAGUACUUUUGAAAUGUAGUACUGCUAUCUUUACUUUAGCAACACAUUUGUGUACUUCUUCCACCACUGCUUAAGAGCCUCAAUAGUUAAAGACUGUGUGUGUGUGUGUGUGUGUGUGUGUGUGUGUGUGUGUGUGUGUGUGUGUGUGUGUGUGUGUGUGUGUGUGUGUGUGUGUGUGUGUGUGUGUGUGUGUGUGUGUGUGUGUGUGUGUGUGUGUGUGUGUGUGUGUGUGUGUGUUGAAAAAUGUCCACUGCUUGUUCGGUUGACAGUAUCCGAAGGCGUUGAACUCAGGUGUUGGAUGAAGAAUUAUUUCAGGCUGAUGACUGCUGCUGCUGACUGGGUUGGUUGCACUCUAUUACUGAUUACUGCCUUGUCAACAUUUUCUUGGCUCUUAAAUAUAUUUGUUGCUGUUCUCUUUAAGAUUUUUUCAGAAGGGAGAUUGAGAACAUACUCCAAAUUGUUAGUGUGUAUUUUUGAAUAUUGCUUUUUCAUCUUAUCAUUUUAAUCUAAGACGCUCUUAUUCAAACCAGAAAUAUUCUCCUCUGUGGAGACAUGUCUGGUAUUCCUGAAGUGCUGUUAUAUAUGAAAUGAAGACAAUUAGGUGCUCAGCUGAAGGUUUUUAUAUUUGUAUUGCUUGUUCCCUCAAUGCAUUUUAUCAUGCUGUGUCUUAGCUGUUCAGUUUGCUGUUGGUGCAUACCUCGACAGUUCAGAUGCUUCGCCCCAAAUUGCUCCUGUGGGGAUUGUCCACAGUAUGGAACGGAUGUAAGUUGCUUUGGAUAAAAGCGUUUCACAAGCAACAUGUAAUGUAAUUUAUUGUUUUAAGCUCAUUCAGUUAGAUUAUGUCAUAUCCUGUAUCGUAUGUUGCCUUGUUUUACAUUUAAUGUGUUCCAUUACAUACCUGGUGUGCGUUGGAAUUGUGAUUUCUUAGGUUGAGUAUACUGUAUACAUCAUAUAAAGAAAACCAACCAGGGCAUUACAGGGAACAUCCACAGUCUUCCUCCUUCAGUUAUUUGUGUGACUGCCUGUUGCACAUAUUUCUCUGCUUCUCACUUCUGGCUUGCUAGCCUUAGUCUGCAAUGUUGGGAUGAUUUCUCCCAAAAGAGCCCUGCCGGCUGCUGGCAGGUGUGCGCUCCUUCUGUUCAGACACAGGUUGUCAGACAUUCAAGGUGGGAACCUGAAUAAAGAGCUUUAAAUGAAUAGGUUUUUCGAACUGAAAAGAUGAGGAAUAAUCUUCUGGAUUCUUGCUUUUGCACAAUACCAAGAUAACAAACAAAAUUGAUGGUGGUUAAAGGCAUUAGGUAACACAGUUAUGUAAUUGCACUUAAUCACAACCCUAAACAGAGAAGGUGGCUCAUAAUAGACAAAAUGCCAAUUAGCAGUGAAAAUCACCACAGUGGGAUGUGAGUUCUUGGAGCAACAUGAGAAAACUAACAGAGCUCGACAAAUUUACAAGAAAAUCACUCACAGCACAUGACGAACCAACUUCCGGAAAAAAAGUGUUUUGUGAAGUGUGACUUCUGUAUGUUCAAGUUUUGGACCCUAUUUUCCCAUGUUUUGUGUCUGACUGACUAAUAUGACCAACGAUUUUUCAAAUUGAUUCCAGUAUAGAGCGGUAUGGAGAGUGCUACAAUUUACGUAAUCCUAUUGGGCACUCACACCAUCAAUGUCCACUAAAAGUGCUAAUUUUUAUUCCGACAUGCUCGGAUUGUUUUUAUUGAUGUGUGAAACCUUAUUUUGAACUCUCAUGGCAACAUUUUCCAACACUUUAACUCUCACCAGCUGGCACCAUCACAAUUUCACUUUAAUAAAGUUCAUCAUUGAGCCUGGAAGCAGAAGUUUAGAAACCAAUCUCUGCACAAAGUUUCUGUAAUAGUUUUCUCAAUUUCAAAAUAUAUUGCCUUUACAGCAGUUCACAUUGACAAGUGUUACUUUGAUACAGGUCGACCUAUCACAUAUAAAUAAGCAUUGGAUGUGAAAUGAAACGAGGAAGAGGUUUUUACAUCCAAAAGUGGAGUAACUGUAAAUGUGUAAAUCUUUGUGAGCUUUCCAGCAUCCUGCUCGUGUGUUGAUUAUGGUUUUGUUCAUGUGUAUAAAGUCUUACCCUAUAUCAUUAUAUAAAA